CAUUAAACAAAUAGCCAACAAGCAAUUUUAAUAUUUAUAUAAAAAAAAAUCAAAAAAAUAACUUUAAAAGUGCGUUUAAUUGAAACCCUACUUAAAAUAUGUCCCAACCGAAGUAUAAAUUAAUUAGUAAUAAUAAUAAUAGCGAUACUGUGACUAGGGAUGCUGAUAAAACUGGAUAUUCCCUUGAAAAGUACUUACAGACAAGUCAUUUUAUAAUUGUUUGUUUGCUAUUUCUAACAAUACAACUGAUUUACACACAGUCGUGUCUCGAUUUAACAAAGGUCGCUUAUGACAAUGAAAAUGCAACGGAAGCGAGUGAAACUUUGAAAGAAAAAGCACAACGUUUAUCAGCAUCCCCAUUAAACUUCACAAAUGCAACGCAAAACAAGAAAACAAAGAUUGUGCAACCGCCAGCGAAAUAUUUCAUAUACACCUCUCAAUGUCAUGUGCCAUAUGUGGAUCCCUUCGGAGAGGAAGUGCUCAAACUCUUUAACCCAAAAAAAUUCAAAUACACCGACUGCACUGAGGAUGAGGCAUUCAUUACGCCCAAUUAUCAGAUAAAUGCACGCCAAUACUUUUUACACAUGAAUUUUCCGGCUAUUGAACGAGCGGUAAAGGUUCUAAAUGCCAGUGUUACAAAUGUUAGUUGCUGUUAUCGACAAAUCGUGCGAGCAGGAAGUGAUGGAUCAGCUGACGACAAGUACAAAUUACUUCCUUGCUCCAUAUUUCACCAGAACUUCAUGGUGCCACAGCACAUAGACUAUAUAAUAACAGAAUGUUAUAUAGCCAACAAUACGAAGCAUGUAAUCCAAAAGGAUGCGUUUUCGUUCAUACAACAGCCAAAGCUUAAAUCGAACAGUUCUAACAACGUACCCGCCACUUCAUUCCACUUAACGAAAAGGAAGCCCAGUGUAUUGCUAUUGGGCAUUGAUAGCGUUUCGCGCAUUAACUUACGCCGUACCAUGCCGGAGACAUUUAAAUAUCUGCAAAAUAAUCGAUGGUUCGAAAUGCAAGGAUAUAAUAAAAUUGGUGAUAACACAUUUCCAAAUUUAAUGGCUCUGAUGACAUCAUAUAAUUCAACAACAGCUACAGACAAAUGUAAACCCAAAUCUGUAGGCGGUCUAAAUAAACUUAUUUGUAAUCUAAUAUGGAAUAAUUUUAAGCAGUUUGGAUACAAAACAGCAUAUGCAGAAGAUAUAUACUCAUUGAGUACAUUUAAUUAUCUAAAAAAAGGGUUCCAGCAACCACCAACGGAUUAUUAUUUACGGCCCAUGAUGUUGGCAAUUCCAAAGCAAAUGAAAGUGAAGAAGAUGGCAGGCUUAGCAUAUUGCAUAGGCCGUAAACAUCAAGCCGAAUAUAUUUUUGAUUACGCGUUACAAUUUGCGAAUGCCUUUCCUGAAGAUCCGCUCUUCGGACUAUUCUGGGCAAAUUCAUUUAGUCAUAACUCCUUUGAUACAACAGCAACAAUGGAUAUGAAAAUGAUAGAAUAUCUCACGAAAAUGGAGAGUGGUGGCAUACUGGAACGUUCAAUUGUAAUAUUCUUUGCUGAUCAUGGCAUGCGGUGGGGUCCUUUGCUUAAAUUAAAAUCUGGAUUCUUAGAAGAACGACUACCGAUGAUGUUUAUAUCAUUACCAUCAUGGUACAGAAACGAAUAUCCAGAUUUCGUGAAAGCUUUGGAAAUAAAUCAACACCGUUUAACUUCACCCUAUGAUAUCUAUGCAACGCUGAAGCACAUACUCGAAGAGACCGACCAAGAAAUUGAAUUCUCUUACCUUAAUGACACAGUGAGGGGCUUAAGUAUUCUUCAUGAAAUACCAGAGAAUCGUACCUGCAUUGAGGCUGGUAUCACCGAACACUGGUGUACUUGCAUACCAUACAAAGUUUUACCCAGCACCGACGCUACUGCGACCAACGUAACUGUUUUGGUCAUCGAUGAAAUUAAUCAAUAUUUAGAUGAUAGAAAUAUCAGUAGUAAGUGUAGUCUUCUGGAGUUAAAGAGCCUGGAGAAGGUAGAAAUCAAAAUGUAUGAAUUAUCGAAUCAAUCAACAUACAGAAUAACCUUCGAAGCGAAUCCGAAGAAGCCAAAAUUUCAAGCAACAGCUGUUUAUGAUAAGACUUCAAAUACAAUCACUACAAAUGUGGGAGAUAUAUCGCGUCUGGAUUCGUAUGCUACCACCGCCGACUGCAUCGAUUUGAAAGAGGCGAAGAAAUUUUGCAUUUGUGCAAAUAUGAAAUCUUAAAAGAUUAGUUAGUAAUUUGAACAUCCAUUAGUGGAAUGGACUAAUAAAGAAAUCGAGGCAACGAUCUUUCGCCGGACAGCAGAUUAUGAUUUCAUGAAAUGAUUGACUUUUGGGUUGGGCCAAAGGCGCUUCUUAAGCUAGUUUUUCACUGUAAGUUUAGCUAAGGCGAAUUUUUAAGCUAACUCUGUAAGAUUGGACGCUUAAACUAAAUUAAGCUUUAAAUCAGGAUUCAACUUGCACCGAGACGUUGUCUCAAAACUGCAGUUUGUAGUUUUCACUCACAUUGUGUUCACAGACAGUGAAAAAUUGUUUAAGGAAAUCUGGUUUUGAGAAAACAGACAUCCCUAAUAACGAUAGCAGUUAGAUG